ACACAACCAUCUAAUAAAUUCAUUUGGGUUAUCUUGGCUCAUUCGCACUGACGGUAACGACAGUGACCGACGGUGAUCAUUGGCGCAAUUGGCAUUAUAAUAAUAAGGGCGAGGUUCAUUAUCUAUUCGCUUAUUAUUCAGUUAUUCAUAAGCCAAAGAAAUUAAUACACGCACGAGAGGCAAAAUGGGCAGCAAGUUUCUACUUAUUGAGUCAAUGGAGAUCCUACGGAGCUCGUUACCGCAUUAUCAUACUUACCUGUUAGAAGCAUUCUUGGUAAUCUGGCUAGCUUGGUUCAUCAGGAGGAGGCGCAGUAAUAGUCACGCUGGACCUUCGAGGGAACUGGUGGAAAGCAAAGUGGCAGAGUGGCGACCAGAGUCUCUGGUACCGGAACCGCUUGAGAAACAUCCUUCGUUAACACCCAGGCAUGUUACCUCCAGAGUCGGGAAACGAGUAACGGUCAAUGGUAAGGAUUGCCUGAAUUUGGGCACGCACAACUAUUUGGGUUUGAGCGACAACGCAGACAUAAUAGAGAGAGCAGCAAUGGCUGUGAAGAAGUACGGCGUUGGCUCCUGCGGACCACGAGGCUUCUACGGUACCGUCGACGUACAUCUUGAAUUAGAAGAUCGCUUGGCCAAGUUCAUGGGCAUGGAAGAAGCUAUCAUAUACUCGUACGGCUUUAGUACCAUCGCGUCGGCGAUUCCUGCCUACUGUAAACGUAACGAUCUGAUAUUUGUGGAUGAAAAGGUAAAUUUUGCCAUACAGAAAGGAUUGGACGCGUCACGAGGAGAUGUCAGAUAUUUUAAGCACAACGAUGUGGAAGACUUGCGUAAUCUCUUGGUAAAACAAGCGGAACUGGACAAACAGCGACCUAAAAAAGCAGCAAAAAUUAAACGGUUUCUAAUCAUAGAGGGUAUCUAUAUGAAUACAGGAAACAUUUGUCCUUUACCAGAAUUAUUGACUCUCUGCAAAGAGUACAAGAUGAGAAUCUUCAUCGAAGAGUCGAUAUCGUUUGGCACCAUUGGCUCGCAUGGUAAAGGUGUCACCGAGUAUUUUAACAUUCCUAGAAGUGAAAUAGACAUGAUAAUAGGUUCUUUAGAAUAUGCUAUAGGAACUAUCGGAGGUUUUUGCGUGGGAACGUCAUUUAUUAUCGAUCAUCAACGCUUAUCCGGACUUGGCUAUUGUUUCUCAGCAUCUCAGCCACCUCUCUUAGCAUCCGCUGCUACGGCCUCUUUAGACAUAAUGGAAAAUAACUUGCAAAUAUUUCAGUCUGUAAAAGAUAAUGCUUUAGCGAUCGAUAGCGGUCUCGAGGAAAUUCCAACGUUGGAGUGCACGAGUUUCGCAGAGUCGCCUUUGAAGCACGUGUAUUUGAAAGAGAAGAGAGAUCGUACAACUGAGGAGACGCUAUUGCAGGCUAUCUCGAACAAAUGCAUAGAAAAUAAUCUAGCAGUUAUACUUCCCGUCUAUUUAGAAGCAGAAAAGGUUCUACCAAGACCUAGCCUGAGACUUUGUAUAUCUGCUAGUCUAGGCAAGAGUGACAUCAAUUUCGCUCUAGAUACAUUGAGAAAAUGUACCGAAGAAGUUUUAUCAUUUUAUUAAAACGAACGUGUUCACAAAUAGACAUUUAAACAUCAGACUUGUACAUCUCAUAUUUAAUAUAUAUAAACUAUGUUGUACAAUGUUCAUUAUAUAUCAAUACGAUGCGAGUGCGUCGAUCUGCUUAGAUUGAAUUUUACUUCUGAAAAGGUCCAUCUAACCUAACAGUUUGAUAGAAAAUAAAAUUUUGUUACUCGUUGGA